CCCCAGCACCCAACAAUUCAUGUCAAGUUUUUUUUAUUUUAUUUUCUAGUAUAAAAGCAAGGCACCGAUUCGCAGUUACUGUUAGCUUUAUUCUUUUCUACAUUUAUAAAUAAUAUAUACAUCCAUUCACUUUCGUUUACGAACUAGUCGAAAAGAAUCAACAACAAUAUGUCUCAAGUACAAACAGUAACUACAACUUCCGAUUGUACAAAGACAGAGGCUAUGAAGCCUCCUCUUCCAAAGACAAAGAUGCCUCCCCUCUUUGAUCAACCUGUCACUUCAAAGAAUUGGACAAAGUUUGUUAAUUGGCCUCAAUCCAUUUUGCUUUGUGCCACUCCUUUGAUUGCUUUGUAUGGUGUCUUUACUACUGAAUUAACUCAAAAGACCAUGAUUUGGGCUAUUGUAUACUACUUUAUCACUGGUCUUGGUAUUACUGCGGGCUACCAUCGUAUGUGGUCUCAUCGUGCCUACCGCGGUACCACAGCCUACCGCUGGAUUAUGAGUCUCGCUGGUGCCGGUGCCGUUGAAGGCUCUGCUUACUGGUGGUCUAGAGGACAUCGUGCUCAUCACAGAUGGACUGAUACCGAUAAGGAUCCUUAUAGUGCUCAUCGUGGUUUCUUUUUCUCUCAUUUUGGUUGGAUGUUGGUUGUUCGUCCCAAGAACCGCAUUGGUUACGCCGAUGUAGCUGAUCUUAAAGCUGAUCCCGUAGUAGCUUUCCAACACAAAUACUAUCCUUAUAUUGCUCUUUUAAUGGGAUUUAUUUUCCCUACUUUGGUUGCUGGCUACGGCUGGGGUGAUUUCAGAGGUGGUUAUUUCUACGCUGGUGUUCUCCGCCUUGUCUUCGUUCAUCAUGCCACUUUCUGUGUCAACAGCUUAGCACAUUACUUGGGUGAAUCUACUUUCGACGAUCACAACACACCUCGUGAUAGUUGGAUUACCGCUAUAUGUACUUUGGGUGAAGGCUAUCACAACUUCCAUCAUCAAUUCCCUCAAGAUUAUCGUAACGCUAUCAAAUUCGGUCAGUACGAUCCUACUAAAUGGCUUAUCAACGUCUUUUCUUGGAUUGGUCUUGCUUACGACUUGAAGCAAUUUCCAACUAACGAAGUGACCAAGGGCCGUUUAUUCAUGGAAGAAAAGCGUCUUCGUGCCCAACAAGCACAAUUGACAUAUGGUGUUCCCCUUAAGGAUUUACCAAUUUACACCUGGGAAGAAUAUCAAUCUUUGGUCUUGAAUGAGAACAAGAAGUGGAUCUUGCUUGAAGGUGUGCUGUACGAUGUUGAGAAUUUUAUGCAUGAACAUCCCGGUGGUAUGAAGUAUGUUUCUACAGCUAUCGGUAAAGAUAUGACCACUUCCUUUAAUGGUGGUGUUUAUAACCAUAGCAACGGUGCCCGUAAUUUGUUAACUUCGCUUCGUGUCGGUGUCCUUCGCAACGGUAUGCAAGUCAUGUCUGAAGCUGAUGCUACAGCUACUACCUAUGAUGAUUCUCUUGAAUUUGAUAGUAAUUCAGCUCAAUUCUACAAGAAGAAGAAGUAAACAAACCGCUACAAAAAAAAAAAAAAAAAAAAAAAAAAACUACUACAAAAACAGCAUAUAUCCCCAUUCUUUUCUACAUUUCUCUUUUUUUUCGUAUAUAUUAUUUAUUCUCAUGUC